AUGAAUAAAUAUGAAGUUGUGACGGCCGUUGGUGAGGGGGCCUAUGGGGUCGUUCUGAAAUGCAGAAAUAAGGAUACGGGGGACGUUGUGGCAAUAAAAAAGUUCAAGGAGUCUGAAGAUGAUGAUGUAGUGAAGAAGACGACGCUGCGUGAAGUGAGGAUACUACGCAUGUUGCGCCACGAGAAUAUCGUGCAGCUUAGAGAAGCCUUUAGACGGAAAAGUAAGUUGUAUCUUGUUUUUGAGUUCGUCGACAAGAACUUACUGGAACUCUUAGACAUCUAUCCUCAAGGCCUGGAAGCUGAGACGGUCCGCUACUGCGUGUGGCAACUAUCGCGCGCCAUGGAAUUCUGUCAUCGUCAUGAUGUCAUUCAUCGGGAUAUAAAACCAGAGAAUUUACUCAUAAACAUGCACGACAAAUCACUGAAACUAUGCGACUUUGGUUUUGCCCGUAGGCUUGGGGCCAACGGGGCCCUCACGGACUACGUAGCGACGCGUUGGUACAGAGCUCCAGAACUUCUCCUGGGCAGCACUGCAUACGGCAAGGAAGUGGACAUUUGGUCCAUUGGAUGUAUCAUGGGAGAGAUUGUUGAUGGUCAACCACUGUUCCCAGGGGAGAGCGAGAUAGACCAACUCUUCGUCAUCCAGCUGGUAUUGGGCCCGCUGACCCCGAAACAGAUGGAGAUAUUUCUGCGGAACCCGAGGUAUGUGGGGCUCAAGUUUCCUGACAUGUCCAGACCGGAGUCGAUCGAGAAGCGGUAUCUCGGCAAGUUGUCGAAGCGCGCGAUGAACUUCAUGAAAUCAGUGUUGGUCCUGGAUGAGUCGCAACGGCUGACGGCGGAGGAUUGUGUGACACACAACUAUUUCGAGGGUCUGGUGUCACCAUCUGGUGUAACAGCAGAAGAGGUGGCGGCGCAAGCUACCCGAAACCGUCCUCUCCACGCGAGUCCUCGACAAGCAGCGCAUACUGGCCGCCAGCCAAGUGGAUCCAGUGGGCCGCAGGUGGCCCCUCAGUACCAGCAACCGACGCCUACUCGAGGGAAAUACGCCGAUAAUGGUCCCCAGCAAAGUGAGGGCCGACGUGGUCCACGAAUAGGGCAAAAGGCUGGCCCGAAACGGAGGUCUAAUGCAGCGGGCAGCGGUACUACGAUGGGUGGCAGCGGGGGAGGGGACGGGGGAGGAGCACAUGCUUCUCGUGUUGAUGACCACAGCCCCUACCAGCAGAGAUACAAUACCAAGCAGUAUCAACAGGUGCAGUCCUAUCAGAAUAGGAGUAGUAAGCCCUUGGGGGCAGUCGGGGGGGCCGGGACCAAUCAGAGCAAGAGUCGUGGCUCACGAGGCCGGCAACAUGGUCACAACCAAAACCAUCAGCCCGAUGAGGAAGCAGCGUAUCGGCAUAGGAAGUCAACUGGAUCUCGAGGGGGUCCACCGAAAGGACCAAAUUAUAGGGAUCACGCCCCUCCUGACCAUCUACCAAGCAUUGGUAGUCGUGAUGGCAACCGCUUGCAGAGUCGCGGGGAGUUCACUACGUUGACGCAGUAUAACAGGAGCCCUGUAGGACAGACACCCGAGGCCGAUUUCAUCGCGUCCAGAGGCGAUAACGUUGGAGGUUUGCAGCAUCUGAACACAGUGGAUCCAUUUGAGGUUCGUUUUGAUGUCACCGCUUGA